GAGGAAGGUGCCGAUCUGCGCAACGGCGUUGAGGAAAAUUUAUUGCCAGAUUCUUACCUCAAUUCGACUUUAACUGAGCCACUACUCGUACCCGGUUUGAAGGACCUCUUUAAAUCGGAUUGCGUUCCACCUCCGCCACUACCACCGCCUCCUCGCCAAAGACCCAAGAGGCCUGCUCCACCACCUCCUCCUGUGGUCAGUGAAUUCUUCUCUUCCAUCUCUACAUCAACUGGUACGACCAAUUCUGAGUCUCCAAUUCCUACAUUGGCUUCGGCUUAUCAGCAGGUCACAGGUUCGUCUGAGAUGUUCCUGAGGCAGUUAACUGGCAACUUAGAGGCGAUGUCUCCAUGCGCUGACACCUCACCCUCGACCUCACCUUCUCCAAUUGAUAGGGAUUUGUCAUCCCAUGUCAGUCCGGGUUCUAGAUCUACUGCGCCAACACGCAUUUCUCUAUCCGCAUCACAAGCUUGCGCCUCACUAUCCUCCACUGCGGUCACUACUUCCAGCAUCCAAAUAUUGCAUACUACAUCAGAUGCAGCCUCUUUCCCUGUUUUCGUGCACUCAGGUCCCGCCGAGUGUAGUGGAGACGAUGCUUCUGUAGGCAUCGGUACUCAACCACGCCACGAAUUCCUCUUUUCCCAAGCCACAUCGAGCAGUAUAACUGCUCCACCGCGGCCACCACCUCCGAGGCUGGCAGCAUCUACUUCCUCGGGUCAAUUGCGGCGGCAGUCCUCAAAUGCGACAACUGCUGUAGGAGCAGUCUAUGGAUUGGAUGAGCAGAGGGCUCAGCGACAAUAUCAAAUGGAGCAAGGGAUCGGACUUCCUCCGACACCCAAGGUCCAUGUACGUCACCUUCCUUUUUUUAGAAUAGUUUAG